AUGCCUGGGGAUCAACCACAUUUUCUAGAUUAUCUGAAGAAGUUCAGAUUUGCAGUUAAUAGAGAGAAGACAGCUUGGUCUCUGAGCUACUCAGGCGUUAGAGUGGUGUGGAAUCUUGGAUUUGGAGAACUCUUCCAUGACUGGGAGUUGGAGUACAUGUAUUAUGCUAUCAUGUUAGUUACGGAUGUGGAUUUGGAUAGAUGCAGACUUGUCAGGCGGUUAUGCUAG